AUGAAACUCCCGGUGGACCAACUCUGUACUCUGACCCAGACGGCACCCAUACUUGGUCAUAGGAGUGAGUGUAUCCGAGUCAAUGCCCAGAUUGCAGGCGGACACAGUCUGGUGGUUCACGAACUCGAAUGGUCCAUGAAUCGAAAGGGGGCGUUGAAGCAAUCAUCGGCGGUGAUGCAUUCGACAGCUUUCUUAACGGUGCGCCGCGAAUGCUCCUGCCGCUGGCCCCGUAACCGCUCCCCGGGCCCCGGCUCUCUUCUGCUGCCGCCGGUCACCCACCAGUAUGGGUCCUCCGUCUGGACUAUGCGAAAUAUUUGGUCUGCUCCGACUGCUGUGGGUAACAUCAUCACAGCGCCGCCUCCGCCUCCAGCGGGCAUAGCUAGGGCACAAUGGGAUGCUCCUCCACCUACCCCAGGUGACCCUGCCAUCUCGGAGGCCGCCCAGAUGGUGGAGUUGCCGCCGGACGCUUGGUUGGGCGCUCACGCUCGAACCCAACCGAUUAUACACCACUUCAUCAACUCGCUAGCCAAACGUCUCGAAAUCCUGUCCGUCGAUAACGCUGCCACGAAUUCGGUUACAACCAUAGCUCCUCCUGGGGAAGCCGUCCUGUACUCGAAAACCCAGUAUAAAAGAGACGCGGUAUAUAUCCUUCGAUUGAUACAGGAAAUCCUGGACGGACACUUCACCCAUUGCGUUCCGUUCCUCCGCGAAUCGGACUACGCCACGGCUAGGGCUGUUGCCACCUGUAUCGACGAAACAAAGCAAGCUGAGUUCAGUAAAGCUGCUCAGACCGUCCUUGACGCAGGGACACACGCAGGUCGAAAACCGGAUAUAUUUCAACGCUUUAUCGAAGGCUUUCGCGCAGGACCUUCGGCCGCAGAUCGUGAACCGUCUCUUGAACACCAGGCGGGCCCCUCCUCCCUCAAAGGCAAAACGGCAGUCCGUGAGCAACCAGAGCAGGACAUCCAUACCGAUCUCCGUUCUUCGCGACCUCGGAGUCACCACACGGAUUCCUCAAACCUUUCACGCGCUAGUGGAUCACCAGACGAUUCCAGCGAUCCUUCGGACUCGAACCCUGAUGGAAAAGCCAGUCACCGGAGGUCGAGGCGUCAUCACUCUCGGCAUUACCGUCCCCGACGACGAUCCUCAUCCAGACCGGAGCCGACUACCCGCCUCAAGGCCGAGGAUGUCCAACUGUUUGACCCUAAAAAGGGGCCAGUCGUUUCCUUCACAAAACGCUUGAAACAGAUGGCCAAACUAUAUGGUAAACAGUCAGUGCUGGAUAUGUUCGAAUUUGACAUCGCCUUGUAUUAA